AUGCAGAAAGAGCUCAAGGAAUUGAACAUACCGCUAGUCUUCCUAGAGUGCGAGGAUAGGAAGAAGAUCGUACAGACAGCAGUGGAUUGGAUGAAAAAGUGGGAGAUUUCACACGUGUUUGGCAACUUGGAGUACGAGAUUGAUGAGAUGCGGAGGGAUUUGAAACUCUGCCAAACAGCUGGGGAUGGUAUUCAAGUCUCAUUGUACCAUGACCAGACCGUUGUUGAGCCUGGUACAAUGCUUACAGGUGCUGGGACACCCAUGAAAGUCUUUACACCCUUCUUCAAAGCGUGGCUCGAGAGGCUGAAAGACGAGCCGGAAUUGCUUGACACUAACCCUUCACCUACCGCAAAUCCUCCCUCUGCGAAGAAGGAGCUAAAAAGUCUCUUCGAUACAGCCGUACCCCAGCCUGCAAAAGACAAGCAAUUCGAGUCGGAAGAAGACAAGAAGAGGAUACGGAAGCUGUGGCCUGUCGGCCACGAUGCAGCAGCAAAACGAAUGGAUGCGUUCCUAAAGCAAAUCGACCACUACGCCGCUACACGCUCAAAUCCUGCCGCAAAUAGCACGUCACGCAUGUCUGCCUACUUUAGUGCGGGCAUGUUCUCCGUACGCGAAGCACUGCAGAAAGUUGUAGAUUACAAUCGCGGCAGUACCGAUUUUACCGAAGCCAAGGCAUCCAAUGGCGUCUACGGCUGGGUCCGCGAGAUUGUUUUCAGAGAACUCUACAGACAGACAACCAUGAUUACGCCACACACCUCCAUGAACCUCCCACAGAAUCUCAAAUUCGACGCAGUAGAGUGGGAAGACGACCAAGCAGGCUGGGAGAAAUGGUAUGAAGGCAAAACAGGCGAACCUUUUGUAGAUGCCGGCAUGCUGUAG